AUGACCUUUUUCUCCAGGCUAAAUCUUCAGGAGGGCCUCCAAACCCUCUCUGUUAUGCAGUGGAUUCCAGUCUAUUUUAUUUUAGGAACUAUUUCCAUUAUCAGUAUACCCUACUUCAUGGUGUUCACUAGAUUCUGGUGUUUGGCUGUGCUUGCCUUAGCCUGGCUUGCUUAUGAUUGGAAUACUCACAAUCAAGGCGGUAGGCAUUCAGCUUGGGUACGAAACUGGACCCUCUGGAAGUAUUUCCAAAAUUACUUCCCAGUAAAGCUGGUGAAGACACAUGACCUUUCUCCCAAACACAACUACAUCAUUGGCAGCCACCCCCAUGGAAUUUUCUCUUAUGGUGUCUUCAUCAACUUUGCCACUGAGGCCAGUGGUUUUGCUCAGAUUUUCCCAUCCAUCACUCCCGUUUUAGCGACCUUGGAAGGGAUCUUCUGGAUCCCAAUUGUGCGGGAAUAUGUAAUGUCAAUGGGUAUAUGCCCAGUGAGUGAGUUGGCCCUGGAGUACUUGCUGACCAAGAAAGGCUCAGGAAAUGCUGUGACUAUUGUGGUGGGUGGAGCUGCAGAAGCCCUCUUGUGCCGCCCAGGAGCCUCCACCAUCUUGCUAAAAAAUCGCAAAGGUUUUGUGAAAUUGGCUCUGAAGACAGGGGCAUACCUUGUCCCUUCCUAUUCCUUCGGUGAGAAUGAAGUUCACAAUCAGGAGACGUUCCCUGAAGGCACAUGGUUAAGAUUCUUUCAAAAAACCAUCCAGGGAGCAUUUAAAAAAGCCCUGGGAAUAAAUUUGUGUACCUUCCAUGGCCGGGGCCUCACUCGUGGAUCCUGGGGCUUUCUGCCUUUCAAUCGGCCCAUUAACACUGUUGUUGGGGAACCCCUGCCAAUUCCCAAGAUUAAAAUGCCCAACAAGGAGACUGUGGACAAGUACCAUGCACUCUACAUCAGUGCCCUGCACAAGUUGUUUGACCAACACAAAGUUGAAUAUGGCCUUCCUGAGACCCAGGAGUUGACAAUCAUAUAA